UUCUGUGGUAAUGCAUGCAGUGUCUUUGCGUUGACCUCAGGCUGGCUCCACACUUCUGUUGCAAUGAUUGGUCGAUAAAGAUGCGGUGACUUUGAGAUUUUCUUAGAAAAACAUUGCUUUAGUUACAGCUUCUUCACUGUAACAUUUCUCUGCCUGCUGAACAUCAAUCGUCUUUCUGUGGAUCUCUUAUUAUUAUUACUUCUGUAUUAUCAUACACUGUGCAUUUUAUCUGACAUCAAUUAUAUAAUGCGCUAGCUCUUUCUCUUUCUCUCUCUCUCUCUCUCUCUGUUUCUUGGCAGAAUGUCCCAUUAUACAGAUGAGCCUCGUUUUACCAUCGAGCAAAUCGACCUGCUGCAGCGGCUACGUAAAAGUGGGAUGACAAAGCAAGAGAUCUUGCAUGCCCUAGAUACCCUUGAACGGCUGGACCGCGAGCACGUCGAGAAGUUUGGACACCGACACGUCCACAGCGGAAAUGGGGGCGGAGCCACCACCGUCGGAAAUGGCAGCAAUGCAACCAUCUCUUCCAACUCCUGCACUACCUCCUCAAAUAACCUGUCAGCCUCUUCUUCAAAGACCUCUACGGCCACACAGACGGGUUUCCGUGGCAACGGCCUCUCCCCAUCCCCUAGCAACAGCUAUGACACCUCCCCACCUCCGACAGUCCCCGCUCCUUUGCCUGUUGUAGCUGCAAUGAUGCAAAAUGAGCGGGACGGCCUCGCUGCUGUACCCAAUGGGAAGCUCUCUCCACCCCGUUACGCAGUUAGCAACGCCUCUGCGCGGGCAUUCGGGUUCGAGCCCCCUGACGAGGAAGUGGACAUCGAUGACAAAGUCGAGGAGCUUAUGAGAAUGGACAGUGCUAUAAUUAAAGAAGAGAUUAAAGCUUUCUUGGGGAACCGGCGAAUAUCACAAGCAGUAGUUGCCCAAGUUACAGGUAUCAGUCAGAGCCGGAUCUCUCAUUGGCUGCUUCAGCAGGGCUCAGAUCUCAGCGAGCAGAAGAAAAGAGCCUUCUACCGCUGGUACCAACUGGAGAAAACCACACCUGGUGCAACACUAGCGAUGCGGCCUACACCGAUGGCCUUGGAGGACAUUGUAGAGUGGCGACAGACUCCCCCUCCCAUUAGCAGCACCCCGGGUAGCUUUCGCCUGCGGCGUGGUAGCCGCUUCACCUGGAGAAAAGAAUGUCUGGCGGUGAUGGAGAGUUAUUUCAAUGACAACCAGUAUCCUGAUGAAGCCAAACGUGAGGAAAUUGCCAAUGCCUGCAAUGCAGUUAUACAAAAACCAGGGAAGAAGCUGUCAGAUCUUGAGAGGGUCACGUCUCUGAAAGUUUACAACUGGUUUGCCAAUAGACGGAAGGAAAUUAAGAGAAGAGCCAACAUAGAAGCAGCAAUCCUGGAGAGUCAUGGGAUUGAUGUCCAAAGCCCGGGAGGCCAUUCCAACAGCGAUGAGAUUGACGGCAAUGACUACAGUGACCAAGUACCUGCUGACCAAGUGAUGGGAAUGAGAGCAGUGGCCAGAACGUUUAGUUUCUGCAGAGGUGACCUGUCAUCCCCCAUUCAGGACGACACCACAGGCCCAAGUGAACACCAGGACCCCAUCGCUCUGGCUGUAGAGAUGGCCGCUGUCAAUCACAGCAUUCUGGCACUAGCGCGGCAGGGUGGAGCCACCAGUGACAUCAAAACAGAGGUGCUGGAUGACGAAUGAGAAUCUUCUCUUAAUGUCUGUCCACCACGGUGGAGCGUGGAGGAAAUCCAAAGGAGAAAUGUGGGGUUACGAAAAUAAAGCCAAACAGCUUGUGAACUGAGAUUACAGAGAAAUAUGGCCAGGUCACAUGACCAAAGUGAACACCGAGGUUGUAAAGACUGUUACCCCAGCAUUCCCCCUUUCCUCCUCCCUCCUAUGUAACGCCUCAAUAGUCUUUUCAUCAAGGAACAGUUCACCCAGAAAUGAAAAUUCUGUAAUCAUUUACUCAGCCUCAUGUUGUUCCAACCCCAUAUGAUUUUCUUUCUUCUAUGGAUCACAAAAGGAGAUAAAGAAGGUACAGAUAGAGGAAGAGAUAAAGUCAUGGGGGUUUGGAACAACAUGAGGUACAGUAUAUUUACAUUUUUGGGUGGACUAUCCCUUUAUCACAGUUCUCACACAGAGUUUUAGGGAGAAGCUGCAUUGAAACAGUUGAUGAAACAUGUUCACUACAAACUCUGUGCAUACAACAUACAGUGUCACUCUGCCAGUUCACACUUGGAUAACAAACCUUGCCUCAGUUUUACCUUCUUUCAGGAAGUCUUCUUUGCAGGAUAUAAGAGGUCAGUUUCAUACUAUAUGUCCACUGCCUCAUUCUCUCCAGGGAAAGUGUGUUGGGAAGCAGAUUCUCUCUCACUUAACUUAUUUCUUUGUUAAAUACAGUAGGUGCAGUCCAACAUUGCAGAAAUUUGCAUUUGAACUUGUACUGUGUCACCAGGGUCCAAAGUUAACACUCGGCAAGCACCAAACGUGUAUAAAAAUUGGCAUGGUGAGUGAAUCAAACGCAGUUACUGGCCAGUUGGUAACUUUAUUAGAAACUGCAAAAUAAUAAAUGGCUUAAAAGCGAUGAAAGCAAUGUAAGCAAUUCCAAUCAAACUGAUACAUACGGUAAAAGCUUGACGCAGCUAGCCGUCUUCAAACAACUUUUUCCUAAGUGGAAAAUUUACUCUCAGAUGUUCAUCUAGGAUGCCUAGUUAAAAGGUAUUAGAAAAGUUAAAAAGAAAAAAAAUAAAAGUAAUUUUCCUCCAAAACUAUUUCUCGCAUUAUGCCACUAAAAUCAAAAUUUGAGGAUCAAAAUCUCAGUGUCUCUCAGUCCUCAUUUACACCUUGAAUUAUCAUGUUUCAUAUCUGGAUAUUCUUUAGCUGGAUUACAUUUACACAUUGCCAUCAAAUGUGUCUCCACUGUAAUCAUACAAAGAUCUGAUCAAAAUUGGUGACACAUGGUUUCAUGUGGGUGCCGCGUGAACCACACAGUGAUUAGAGAACAGGUGAAAGACACGGGGAGAGAGAUGAGAUAGUCCAAGUGUAUUCCAAUGGAAAAGUUCAUGGGAUACUGUUCAUUGUUCAGGUAACAAGAUUGCAAAAUGGUGUGUUGUGUUUUUCACAAUGCAAUGUAAAAAAAAAAAAAAAAGGCUAGAACUCGCAACAUAGCGUAUCCUCAUCACAUAAUUAAUUAUUAUGUAAUUGUAUCCAGAUAACAAAAAAGCAUUUGCAUUUAUAUCUUAUUUGAAUGUGGUCAGAAUCCGUCCCUGACCACCUCCAAAUGUGGUUUCUGUAAUCCGAUCACAACGCCUCUUGGGUGCAUAUACGCCUGUCAUUUAUUGUGCUCAAGUGCUAUCCAAUAGCUAUACAAUCAUCAAAAACGCAGGUUAAUUCAAGGUGUAAAAUGGGCUUUAGGGUUCCCAUGGUCAUGGAAAACCUUAAAAUAUCUGGGAAUUUUCAAAUUAUGAUUUCCAGGACUGGAAGAGUUAUGAAAAUAAAUCAAAGCUUAAAAGUAAUGGAAAUCUCUAUUGUGAAUAUACAUUUUUCUAUUUUGUUUUUAGCUACAAAUUGCUUUUGCGUGAAGUAAAACUUGCUUGCAAGCCAUAGUGAAGCCUCAUUUGUGAGCGAAUCACUUUUUUGAAUUGAUUCUUUUCAGUGAGUUUAUCGAAUAUAUUGCUCACAUAUAUCGGUCUGAAUGGUACAUUUUACAUUGACAUUUUUAUGCAUUUGGCAGACGCUUUUAUCCAAAGCAACUUACAGAGCACUUAUUACAGGGACAAUCCCCCCAGAGCAACCUGGAGUUAAUUGCCUUGCUCAAGGACACAAUGGUGGUGGCUGUGGGGAUCGAACCAGCGACCUUCUGAUUACAAGGUAUGCGCUUGGCCCACUACGCCACCACCAAGUGGUUUUUAAAAAGCCUUAUCCAGUAAUCACAAACAACUGGAAAUGUAUUUGUCAAAAACUGUGGGAACCCUGAUAUAUUCAUGUUUUUGAGAUAUGGAGACUGGCAUGUCAUGUCAUUCUCUUGCAGAAAUGGUGCAAAAAUGCAAAUAAGCUGUAAAUAUUCAGCAAACAAAACAGUUUGCCACUAAGUAUUGCCAGACGUUUGCAGCUCUUCACUGGUAGUGGUAAACCUGCAGCAAACCUUUGGCAACAAUGGACAUUUUGCCAGUAAUGACAAACACUUCUUUGGCAACAGUGAAGAGUUUGGCGCAAAGUUCAUUUGCAUGUGAAAAUAAUGAGUUAAAAAUAUAUGGCAUGUUUGUCAAAACUCUAGAUUUUGGUAAGGGGAAAAUGUUAAUUUUGGACCCUGGUUUCUGCAUAGAAGUUGUACAGAACUGUUAUUGCAGUAUCAUUACCGGCCUGCUGGGUUCAGCAAUUAAGUAUUGCACUUUUAAUUACUGGCAGCACUGAAUAUAUGCUUGUUCUUGCCGCAACACAACUGUGCAUCUCUGCAGGGAGGCGUUUAAAGCUCGCUGGAAAUUUUGCCUACUCGUGAAGAUUGUGCCAUUUCUAUUUCAGCAUUAGCAGACUAGAAAAUCAGUUUGUCUUUCCUGCAGGCCUCUCUAAAAGCAAUCUGACCACGGCAGUCUAUUUGAACGUAUUUAACCUCAUAGUGUUCUAUUCAGCCAGUUAUUGUGCAAAUGUAUUCAGCAGCACAGGGCUGGAAAAUAUAGUAGCAUUGGCAAAUUCUUCGUCUCAGCGAAUGGGAAAACACUUGACAAUCAGGGGUGGUGGUUCCAAUACAAAAACCUGUUGGUGUUUGCCCAUGUGUCCAAAAACCGUGUUCUGGAAAGUGAUGCUAGUCAAAAAGUCUUAUUCAGAGGAAUUUUUUUCAAACCUAAAGUGGAUUUAACCACUCUAAUAAAUAUCCCAUGUAAUUGCUUAUUUUGUGUAAUUCAUAAAUAAUUGUGUUAAAUAAGUUCUACUUUUUAUAAAGUCACUUUAGGGAGGAGGGAUAUGGUGGUUUGGGUUCUUCACCCCAACAUACACCGAUCAGCCACAACAUUCAACCACCUGCCUAAUAGUAGGUCCCCCUCAUGCCGCCAAAACACCAACUUAACCUGCAUCUCAGAAUAGCAUUCUGAGAUGAUCAACAAACAUGCUACAGUCCAAUUCACUGAAAUACAUUUUUUCCCCAUUCUGAUGGUUGAUGUGAAUAUGAACUGAAGCUCCUGACCCGUAUCUGCAUGAUUUUAUGCACUGCACUGCUGUCACAUGAUUGGCUGAUUAGAUAAUCGCAUGGAUGGUUGUUGGUGUCAGAUGGGCUGGUUUGAGUAUUUCUGUAACUGCUGAUCUCCUGGGAUUUUCACACACAACAGUCUCUAGAAUUUACUCCGAAUGGUGCCAAAAACAAAAAACAUCCAGUGAGUGGCAGUUCUGUGGACGGAAAUGCCUUGUUGACUGAUUUGAACUGACAAAGUCUACGGUAACUCAAAUAACCGCUCAGUACAAUUGUGGUGUGAAGAAUCGCAUCUCAGGGUUGGCACUGUUUUGGCGGCACGAGGGGGACCUACACAAUAUUAGGCAGGUGGUUUUAAUGUUGUGGCUGAUCAGUGAACAUAUAUAUAUUUUCUUUUAUCUGGUACUGUUUCGAAGAAAGACAAGAGAGAUGGACUCGUCCAGGUUAUUUUUAUUUGUGCUUCACGAUUUAAAUAUAGUGCUUGUUUUAAAAAAAAGUUAACUACAUGCACUCUCCCGCCUAUUAGUGUCUUUCCUCUUCCUUUUAGGAAGCUUUUCAAUGUGAAAUGCUCAUCAUUGCAGUCACAAAUAAGCUUUUUAUACUUUUUCUGUUAUUAAUAGCUAUCGGAUGACAGACAAGCUAACCUGUGAAAGUAAUCUGCUACUUCAAAAAGUUCUCUUAAACUCAGAAUUACACCUUUCUUGUUGGACUAAACUUUAAGGAAUAAACUUUUCUGUUAAUGAUAUUGCAUUGAAAACAUUGUCACAGCUGAAUGUGAAUUUUGAAUAUACAGCAAACCUGUGUUCAUUUGGCUGCAGCCUAUUAUCAAUAUUUCUUCACACUUGUUAAUGAGAAGUUGCAGAAUGUGUAAAAUCUGGCAACACAUUAAUUCUGUGUAAUGUAAUUAAUGCUAAUUAUGCUAUAUAGUUCAACCAAAAAUGAAACUUCUCAUAAUUUACUCACCCUUGCACCAUUCCAUUUCUUCUGCAGAAAAUAAACAAAGACUUUUAGAAGAAUAUUUCCCCUCAGUUACUCUCCCUGAGGAAGGCUCACAUCAAAACACGUAGAAGAACUGUUUUACCUUUUGUAAGCCAUGUGAUGAUAAAGGCUUUUUAAUAUGAGUGCCAUGGUUAUCCAGCUAUUUGUUUUAUGGACUAUUAUGAACCCUUGACCUUAGAGCACCGUAAGUUUAUACUCCAACAUGAAAGCACUCACUAUCUUUGGACAAUGUUUAAAUAUCUCAGCUCUGUCAGUCCUCACAAUGCAAGUGAACGGUGACCAAGACAUUCCAGCUCCAAAAAACAAAAACAAAGACAGCAUUUAAGUAAUCCGUAAGACAUCAGUGGAUAAAUCCUUGCCUAAAGCAGCGAUAUGAUAGGUGUGGGUGAGAAACAGAUCAAUAUCAGUCCCUUUAUACUAUACAUCUUCACUUUUUUGGCGAUUCCCAUUCUUUGUGUAUAUCGCCACAAACUGGUCGGGGCUGGUCAAAGGAGGAGAUUUAUAGUAAAAAAAUUACUUAAAUAUUGAUCUGUUUCUCACCCACACUUAUCAUAUCACUUCUGAAUAUAUGGAUUGAACCACUGGAGAUGAAUGGAUUACUUUUAUGCUGCCUUUAUGUGAUUUUUUGAAGAUUCAAAGUUCUGGCCACCAUUCACUUGCAUUUUAUUGACCCACAGAUCUGAGAUAUUCUUCUGAAAAUCUUUGUGUUCUGCAGAAGAAAGAAAGUCAUACAUAUCUAGGAUGACAUGAGGGUGAGUAAAUGAUGAGAUGAGAAAGAAAUUUCAUUUUUGGGUGAACUACCCCUUUAAGUGCUUCUGUCCCUGGAUACAUUAUUCCAAAUAUCUACAGUUUAAUGUUAACACACCAGAGAUAUACUUGCUGAAAUAUGUAUCUUAAUAAGAGAUUAUUAUUCAGAAAUGAAAUGAGUAAUCAUGAGAUUCCUUGCCUUAGAAAAAUUCUGCCCAGCUGAUAAACCCAUCAAAAGAGAAUUUCAUAUUUUUUAACAGAAUUUUCUCUCGAACAAUCACUUAAAACAUUGUCUUUUUUGUUCUUGUUAGAAUCAAAUACACUUUCUGAGCAAAAUAAAUCCUAUACUGUGUAUCGCAUGUAAAAAAAAUAUUGAAAAGACAGCAUCAAUGUAGGUAAAGAAAUAAACUUCAAUGCAAUUUCUGCAAUUAAGAUUUAUGAAUCAGAUUGUUAAAUGACAAUAGAAUCUUGUAUAAAGACAGUCAUUUUCUGUUUCAAUUGGCCUCAUCCAAAUUAAAUUAGAAGGCAUUAGAUUAGAUUUUAUGUUUAGAAGUUGUGAGGAAAGAAAACUAUUAUAAGCAAUUGACAAUAAACAGUAUUGCGACCUGCCAUUUGGCACAGUCGACUGAAAAUGGAGGUAGUGUGCACACAUCCAAAACAAUUAAGGGAAAGUGCACGAUCAAAAAAGGUAACAGUUCAUCAGACCUGCCGAAGACCUCAGUAGUAAAAAAACAAAACGCUGUUUGACUAAUUCAUUAAAAUAUAUGGAAGCAGCUGUAGCUGUGCGGUCUCCUUUUUCACUAUGAGGUAUCAUCGCUCAGUAGAUUUACAGUGGCCAAAAAGUAUUUGGACGCUUAAGCUAAACUUUAAAAUGCAUGUAUUCCUUUGCAUUUGAGAACAAAACAUCAAACCAAUUUGCAUUUAUUGUAAAGAAAGAUAACAUAAGCUCACUUUUCAAGAAGUACAUUUAACAAAAAGAAGCUUGUUACAUUUUAAAUGAUAAAACAACAGAUAUAUGGUUUAAAAUUAAGACAAAAAAAUGAUUUGGCCACUUGAUAAUGGCUUCAUUAAAGAUUACAAGUUAAUAGAAACAGGCAGGAAACAGCUGCAUGCAUUGCUCCACACAUCUGUGAGAAUUACCACAUACAACUUAGUUUGCGGACCAUUCAAACAGGAUCACUAAGUAUUUGUACACGGUGAAUAAUGCAACUAAAACCAUUCGUUCGUUUUUCUUAUUUUUCUUAAAAAAAAAGCCUGGAUUAAAUAGGCAAAACACAGCAGCCUUUGGAGGACUGUCAUGUUAUCAGAGGAGUCCAAAUUGAACCUGAAUGGGUCUGAUAGAGAGCAUUUGUGUGGAGAAAUGCAGGGGAUGAAUUCUCCACACUGCACUAAGGGUACUGUUAUGGCACUUUUCCACUCCACAUUACGGUUUGACUCUACUUGCUAUACUUUUCUGAGCUUGCUUUUCCACUGCUCUUUAGUGCCGCCUCAACGUGGGUGGGAUUAUAGGCUGAUCGUCAUAGUUGCUCUGCAUCUACUGACGUGACAUCAUCUUAAACAUGACACAAAACAAUAAACAAUAACACGACCGCUAGCAGUUAGCUACUAGCUCAUUUGCUGCAUAAAGCAGUUGUUGCAUGGUGAUUUUACACAAGUGUAACAGUUAAAUUAGCCUGGUUGUUUUAGAAGAAAUCUUUCCAGUAGCUGGUCAACGAAAUAAAGUGAAGCUUUCAAGCAGAGUAUAGAGUUAACAUAAUAAAACAUACCAUCCUCCAUCAUGGACUCCAGCCGUGGCACCAGUCCCGGGCACUCUCCCUCCCAUUGUUCGCCAGUCUAGAUAGCGUCCAUUUCGUCGAAACACUUAAACUUUUCCUUGAUGGUUCUGUAGUCGCUUUUAAUUUUGUACUUAUCCCUACGCUGUUGGUAGGUCCGGUGGUAGCCGUGUGCGGCCAACAGCUGAGACACUUCCUGAGAGACUUUUUUGUUUCAUUCGUCGCUAACGAGAGGAACGUCUGCACCUCGUUUAUUGACCACCGCGUGGUUUUCACACGGCCAUUUCUUUUUACAAUUCGAAAGUCGCGUGAGCAAAUGAUACUGCUAUUGCUGUAGUUAAAUUUAAAACUAGCGGGUUGAUGUCCCGUGUUGAAAAAGUGUAAGUGACGAUUCUGUCUGACCAAGGUCCUAAAAUGGCCCUCCCAGAUCCCUGACCUAAACCCUAUAGAGCACCUUUGGGAUGCAACGGAGAAGAAAAUGUCAGAUCGUCGAUGUUUUAGUGUCGUGAACUGAACAGCUUUGGUGGCUGAAACCUGGAGGAAUCUUUCACCACAGCUUUUGCAGAAACUUGUUGAUUCUAUGCUCAAAUGUUGUCAAGAAGUUCUGCAAACAAAAGGAUAUGUUAUCUUUCUUUACAAUAAAUGCAAAUUGUUUUGAUGUUUUGUUCUCGAAUGCAAAGGAAUUCAGCUUAAGCGUCCAAAUACUUUUGAGGCCACUGUAUGUCCCUGCACUGCAAUCUUGUAGUCUUAUAUAUUUUAUUGGAGAAUACAGACGUCCAAUCUCACGAACAAGCCCCUCCUUAAACACUUUCUAAGAAACAGUAUUGAGGUAGAAAAUAAUGGAUUAUUGCCCAGUAAAUUCAGAAUCCUAUCUUAAGGUAGUUUUGGAUCUGAUAUCAGUCUUGAAAGAAUGAGGGAACAGUUUGACUGUGUUUUUAAAUCUGUCCAUGUUCAAUAUGUGAAUUUAUGAAAUAUAUAUAAAUAUAUUCGGAGUAUAAAAAAUAUAUCACUGUUGUAUUAACUUAAUAGUCUAAUCAUAUAUCACUUAUUACAGAAUUUAGUGCCUUUUUUGGACAGUAGACUGUUCUGUAAUUAAUGUUGUAUAAAACGCAUAUGCCUUGUUACUUUUUUAGGUUUUGUUUUGACACUUUUGGUUGUUUUUCAAACUUUGUUUUUAAGUUGUUUUUAUUUUCAAUCUGUACCUUCUAGAGAAUAAAGUUCUAAU